UCGCAACUUCAAUGUCGCCCAAGCGGAAGCCAUGCUGCGAGAGAACCUGCAAUGGCGCAAGCAGAACAACGUGGACACGAUAUUGGAAGACUACGAACCUACAGAGGUUCUUAAAAAGUAUUACCCCGGAGGUCUCGUGGGUCACGAUAAAGAAGGCUGCCCACUCUGGAUCAUUCCUUUCGGCUACACAGACAUAAAAGGCCUCUUCUAUUCUGUCAAGAAAUCUGAUUUCAUCAGGCACAUUAUUCAGCAGCUCGAGUACAGCGCCCAAGAUAUGGCUGCGCAGACAGAAAAGCUCGGUCGAGUGAUAGAGAUGCACAGCUUCAUAUUUGACCUAGAAAACUUCAACCUAAAACAAAUUGCGUGGAAACCAGCUCUUGAUAUGAUCAUCAAUCUGGUCACGAUGUACGAAGACCACUACCCGGAAAUGCUCAAGAAGGCCUACGUCAUAAAUGCUCCCAAAAUCUACCCCAUCAUAUACAACAUGGUGAAGCCGUUCCUCAGCGAAGAGACAGCGAAGAAGAUACACGUGUUCGGCAAAG